CCGGGACAGGAGAGCGAACGGAGGGCUCUUGUGCGGAAAGUCAACGCGUGUCCAGGACUUUAUUUCCCGUUUCUCCCCCUCUUGUUCCCCCUUUACUGAAAUGAGUAAAUAAUCUACGCAGGACCAGUCGUGCACUAAGUUUUCAACUUGGAACUGUUUUGGAAAGAAGCGGAAGAUGGAGGGGUUCAAAGUUAUUGCACUGUGCUUUAUUUUCGGAGCCCUGAGUAACGCCCAGGUACCCGAAUGCAGCAAGAAGAGAGACUGUCCCAUCGAUGUGUACUUCACCAUUGACACGUCUGAGACCAUUGCCCUGCAGGAGACCCCCCCUGGAUCACUUGUGGAGAGCAUUAAGCUCUUCAGUGAGCAAUUUGCAGAUCGCUUAGAAGCGGCCGAAAUCCGAGGUUCCGUGCGAAUCAGCUGGAACAUCGGCGGGCUGCACUUCUCCCAGAGGCAGCAAGUGUUCAGCCGUAUCGGAUCCAAGAGUGAUUUCAUUUCUGGUGUCAGGGGAAUCCGUUACCUUGGCAAGGGCACCUACACGGACUGUGCCAUCACCAACAUGACCCAGGAAAUGCUGCGCUCACCCUCGUACCCCAGCGCCCUCAGAUUUGCCGUAGUCAUUACUGAUGGCCAUGUGACUGGAAACCCCUGCGGGGGUAUCAAAGUGGCGGCGGAGAGGGCGCGUGACGAGGGCAUCCGUAUUUUUGUGGUGGCUGCAUCCAAGAAUAUUGAUGAGACCGGUCUUAGGGAGAUUGCUAACUCUCCGGCGACGGUCUACAGGAGGGACUUCAUGGCCGUUGAUCUGAGCUCCGGAAGAGCUAUCAUCCAGACGGACACCAUUGACCGCAUCAUUAAGACUAUGAUACAUCAGUCAUAUGUGGAGUGCUACAAAGUGACAUGUCUCGAGACAGCUGGGCCACUAGGUCCAAAAGGCCACAGAGGACAGAAAGGUGCUAAAGGAGACAACGGUGAUCCGGGUCCAAAAGGACAGAGAGGUCGUCCAGGUGACCCAGGUAUCGAAGGGCCCAUCGGUCAACCCGGUAUCAAAGGAGAGCCAGGACUCAAAGGCGAGAAGGGAGAGCUUGGAGCCCAGGGGAAAAAGGGUGUAGCCGGAAUCCCAGGACGCAAUGGGACAGAUGGACAGAAGGGUAAAAUUGGGCGGAUUGGUGCUCCCGGCUGCAAAGGAGAUCCAGGGGACAGAGGUUCUGAUGGUCACCCGGGAGAUGUCGGUGAACGUGGUUUUCCAGGGACUGCUGGUGAUAAGGGAGAUCCUGGACGUCCUGGAAGAUCUGGUCCUCCUGGCAUUGCUGGUGAAGCUGGACCAAAGGGAGAAAGGGGAAGUCCUGGAUCGCCUGGCUUGCCUGGACUGAAAGGAUCUGCUGGCACCGCGGGUCUUCCUGGAGGGAGAGGAGAGCCUGGGAGGCGAGGAGAUUAUGGACCUAAGGGUGCUCAAGGACCAGAUGGAGUCAGAGGAGACAAGGGUGAAAUGGGCUCGGAAGGUUUGAGGGGUCUUCCAGGUGAAUCAGGAAACAAAGGGGCAAAGGGGGACAAUGGUCUUCCAGGCCCCAGAGGACCACCAGGUACACCAGGAGAGUCGGGACGAAAUGGCACACGAGGUGACCCUGGUGAUGCUGGACCAAGAGGUGAUCCAGGACAAUUUGGACCAAAGGGAGACCCUGGAAGACCUGGCUUUAGUUAUCCUGGACCCAGAGGACCUUCUGGUGAGAGAGGAGAGAAAGGAAAUCGUGGCCCUCGUGGUGGCAGAGGAGAUUGUGGUCCUAAGGGUGAUCCUGGAAAUAAAGGAACCCCAGGGGAGGCUGGUGAACCAGGACCUCAGGGUGAGCCUGGACCUAGAGGACCCAGAGGAGACCUUGGGCGUGAUGGAGAUGGUGGACCUGAAGGCGACCCAGGCCUCACUGAAUGUGAUGUCAUGAAUUACAUCAGGGAAACAUGUGGCUGCUGUGAUUGUGAAAAACGCUGCGGUGCUCUGGACAUUGUGUUUGUGAUUGAUAGCUCGGAGUCGGUUGGCCUGACCAACUUCACUUUGGAAAAAAAUUUUGUCAUCAACACCAUCAACCGAUUGGGAUCCCUGGCCAAAGACCCCCAGUCGGAAACAGGCACCAGAGUGGGAGUUGUUCAGUACAGUCACAGUGGAACUUUCCAGGCCAUUCGGCUUGACGAUCCCAAAAUUGAUUCACUCUCCUCUUUCAAGGAUGCAGUGAAGCGCAUGGAGUGGAUCGCUGGAGGAACAUGGACUCCAUCUGCUCUGAAGUACGCCUACGAUAAUCUGAUCAGGGACAGCCGUAGAGCCAAAGCCAACGUCACCGUGGUGGUUAUCACCGACGGACGCUUCGACCCCAGAGAUGACGAUUCGUUGCUCACCUACCUCUGCAGUGAUCCCAGUGUCGAUGUGAGCGCCAUCGGUAUAGGAGACAUGUUCGACCAGAUUGAGGAGAAUGAAAUUCUGAAGAGUAUAGCCUGCCAGAGGGAUGGAAGGGUGCUGGGCAUGAGGCGUUUUGCCGACCUGGUGGCUGAGGAGUUCAUUGACAAGAUUGAGACAGUCCUCUGCCCAGAUCCUGUUGUCAUAUGCCCCGACCUGCCGUGUAAGACAGAGCCUGCCGUGGCCAGCUGCGUCCAGCGGCCAGUGGAUGUGGUGUUCCUCUUGGACGGUUCUGAGAGGAUGGGACUGGAGAACCACCGCCGGGCCAAGGAAUUCAUUGAAAACGUGGCCCGUCGCAUCACCCUCGCGAACGGCCAGUCAGAUGAGAGAAAUGCUCGUUUUGCAUUGGUGCAGUACGGCAGCCCAACAGAACAGCGAGUAGAGUUCCCGCUCACACACAAUCUGACGGUCAUCUCUGACUCACUGGCGAGAGUGACCUACAUGGACUCUUCCUCGGCUCUGGGCAACGCGAUCAUCCACGCUGUCAACAAUGUGGUUUAUCGAUCAGGUCCACAGGGGAACCGCUUGGCUCGUCGCAACGCUGAGCUAGCCUUUGUGUUCAUCACAGAUGGCAUUACAUCCGUGGAGCAGCUGGAGGAGGGCGUCUCCUCCAUGAAGCGAGCCGAAGGUGUUCCCACGGUGAUCGCUCUGGGAAGCGACACAGACGAGGAGGUGCUGCGGAAGGUGGCGUUAGGCGACAUGUCGUCCAUCUUCAGAGGCGACGACUACACCAUGUUGAACAAGCCGUCUUUCUUUGAGCGGUUCAUCCGCUGGAUAUGCUAGUGAGGAACUGUAAUGCUCGAUGCCAUAGAAUUAGAAUUUGUAGAAUGAAAGAAGGCGCAGUCCUUCAACGUACACGUGAACACAAAAAGCAGCAGCCGAACCUCUAUGAGCAUUAUCAUUACCGAAUGUAAAGCACUGAUGCAGCUCGAUAUCCCUCUGAUAUGGUGGAGAUUGGUUUACAAAAAGAAAAGGUCUUUGAAGUUGGGUCAACCAUUUGUCACUACUUUGUUCUAUUCAUUCUAACUCUAUGGUCAGCAGCCCAAUCUAAAGACACUCAGCAAAGAUUUGUAUGAUAUGCAUUUGUACGAAAGUAAUUGUAGACUUUGGGUUUUUUUUCUUUUCUCUCUCACUGUUGUCACAUUGUCAGUAUUAAGAAGAAAGGUGCUAAACUAGAGAAAAGAACAAAGUCAUUCUUAGUUCUGAGGACUUUUUCCAUUAUUAUACUAUAAAAUGGCUUGUCAGGGGAAUUAAAACAAUCUCUCAUAUCCCACAUAGAUGCCACAGGAUCAACAACACAAGAUUUAAAACACACCCACACAAAUUUAAAAACAGCAAAAACAUCUGUAAACAUGAAAUCUAAAUAAAGCCAAAUGUGGUAACUCUAA